AUGCAAAAAAUCACAAUCAUAUGGUAAUUUUUACGUUUUUGUACACGGUUUUGGAAAAAAGUGGGGGGGGGGGGGCUGAAGCGGGGCUGAAGCCCCCCCGCUUCCGCGGCCCCUGAUUAAUUGGGUUUGUUUUCUAGAACUACACGUCAUAUUAUACCGGCAUUAUACCAAAGAUUAGGCGAUUCGAACAAGUAUAUGCGAGCACAUCCGACCGCUAUCCUUACGUUUUUUACCAAGCCGAGCCAUUUGGAUACACUAGCGCAAGGCAGAAGCCGACACUAUACAGUGGUGGAUGGCACGCACGGAACCGCUGGCGAAUAGGGACUCCGCACACCUUAUUUUUGAAAGAUAAGUACCAAAGAGACAAGGAAGGAGUUCAAAAUUAAAUUUGAUGAUGGCAGACUGUAGUGACUUGGAUAGACAAAUAGAGCAGCUGAGAAAUUGUGAAAUCAUAAAAGAGAGUGAAGUCAAAGCAUUAUGUGCCAAAGCAAGAGAAAUUCUUGUAGAAGAAAGCAAUGUACAGAGAGUAGAUGCACCGGUUACAGUAUGUGGGGAUAUCCACGGCCAAUUUUAUGACCUCAAAGAAUUAUUUAAGGUUGGUGGUGAUGUCCCUGACACAAAUUAUCUUUUCAUGGGUGACUUUGUGGAUAGAGGCUUUUACAGUGUAGAAACUUUUCUUCUUCUUUUAGCUCUUAAAGUUAGGUAUCCAGACAGAAUCACAUUAAUUAGAGGGAAUCAUGAAAGCAGACAAAUCACUCAGGUGUAUGGUUUUUAUGAUGAAUGUCUAAGAAAAUAUGGUUCUAUCACAGUGUGGAGAUACUGUACAGAGAUCUUUGAUUACCUUAGUCUAUCUGCAAUCAUUGAUGGAAAGAUCUUCUGUGUCCAUGGAGGUCUAUCACCGUCUAUUACAACACUAGAUCAGAUCAGGAUGAUUGACAGGAAACAGGAGGUACCUCAUGACGGUCCAAUGUGUGAUCUUCUAUGGUCAGAUCCAGAAGAUACCCAAGGAUGGGGUGUAAGCCCCAGGGGUGCAGGUUAUCUCUUUGGUAGUGAUGUCGUCAGCCAAUUCAACGCAGCCAACAACAUUGAUAUGAUCUGUAGGGCGCAUCAACUCGUUAUAGAAGGUUACAAGUGGCAUUUCAAUGAAACGGUGCUAACAGUUUGGUCUGCUCCAAACUAUUGCUACAGAUGUGGUAACGUGGCUGCCAUUCUAGAGCUUGAUGAGCAUUUACAGAGAGACUUUACAAUAUUUGAAGCUGCUCCUCAGGAGGUUCGAGGGAUACCCGCCAAGAAGCCUCAGCCAGACUACUUCCUGUGAUAGUCACCACCUCCACUGCUUUUAUACCACAAAGUUUUAUCUUUUUUGUGACGAGAUCGCAAUAGUUUUCCAACUCUGAUUCAUCAGCACUUGUUCCAGCAGGGCCUGGAAACCCUACUUUAUUGCACGGUCUGCAGAUUAUAAUACAUGGAGGUUUUGUCAUCAUUACAGCACAUGUCGCAGAUGUUUGAACUUCAUUGUUAUUGCAGUAUUUUACUACCAACUAUUGCCCCCAAAAUGUCAGAAAUACUGCAACUUUAAUGGAAAAAUAUGGAUUGGUCCUGAAACUGUAUCACCAUGCAUGUUUAUUACAGCAAAGGUGAAAAGCAAUGUUUGUCCAUUCAUCCUCAAACUACUAUAAUGUUUUGCUUGUACAUGUAUGUUGGCUGUGUUAUUAUAUUGCCAUCAGGUUUGCUGAUCAAGGAUUAUGAAGGCACUGAUUAUUUUAGCAGAUUUGUACUAGCUCUAUAGUUCAUUCAGUAUGUAAUCUAACUGUAAGUUAAUUUGCUAGAGUCUAAAACACUAUCUUGAUGAUAGAUGCUAUCAUCAAGUUAUUCAUUGUUGACUUUCUGUUGAUGGAAUCACUGUAUCUAUGACAUGAUGGAACACAGCUAUGCCAGAGUUGUGACUAGGAUUCACAAUGUAUCUUUACAAUAGCGAUCAAACUGGACCUGUUUGUGAUUUAUGGGAAAUCAAUUUGAACAAGAUGUCCCAGGAAUCUCCUGAAAUCAAGUUAAAAAAGUAUUAGGCAUUUUAAGAGCUGGGACCAGAAAUAUCGAAUUCCUAUAUAAGAAGCUUUAUAUCUUUACCAUCUAUCUUUGUAAUGCGUUGCCCCUGCAUUUCUAUAUUUGAAUUGAUUGUCACCUAUUAAACGUCAUUGUACUCCUACUCGAUGAACUCAAUUUAAUUAGUUUUUUAUAGAACAUUUUGAUGACGCAUAUUUUGAAUACAAAUGUAUAUUAAAGGUCACCUUGAAUAUGUGAACUAUCAUCACAUCGCCUUAGUUAAAUGAUCACCGUGAAAGUUGUCAUGGUCUUUAUCUUGUAGGUCAUACCAAGUGCACAUUUUAUCCAGUAUCCAAAUUUAUACAUUAUGAAACAUACAUACAUGUAGUCGUAAAGUGACAACCAACAUUGUCAGAUUGUUCCAUGAUGGUAAUAUAGAACUUGGUAUUAAGAGGUUUAUGAUGUUCACUUGUUGUUGUUUAGAGCAUUCUUUGUUUUGAAAGAGAAUGAGGUCGAAAAUGGUAAUGAAACAAUGUAUUACUUGCUUAUCAGCAUAGACUUGAUAGACACAGUGUGAAUUUGAACAUGCACUUCCAAACAGCAUGAGAUACAUAUUGAAAGGCCAGAGUGCCCGAUACAUUGUGAGCAUUAGCUCAUCAUAAAAACUACUGUUUUUAAUCUUUUUUUAUGGUACUAGGUAUAUGCUUGUGACAUUAUUGUAUUUAAUUUGAGGUGUCUUGGAAAGGUUUGUGAAAUGGAGGACUACUACACCUGUAUAACUGAGUCUGCAUAAAUGGACCUUUUAUAAGUUGAGAAGAAUUUUCAGAACAGAUUUUGCAAAGCAUGUGUUAUUAACCUCUCCUAAUUUUACAUAUAAAGUGGAACAGAUUUGUGUGGUCCCAAAGUAUUAUGCAGUCUCACUUGUAAUGUAUCAUUUUGUCACAGUAUUAUAAAGGUAUAGAGUUAUGGAAUGUAGUAGACUGGUCUCAGUAUGUGGUGAUGAACCAUGUGUUCUUCUUAUUAUUGCCAGUUUUGUCAUAUUUUGUACUUACACAAGGAUUAUGGUCAGUAGUAUUUAUUUUGGGAGUGGGCAAAUUGUUAAUCACUUUGCAUAAUGGCCAGGGUUUCUGAUUGUAUUUUGGUAUUUUGGAAACCUGUGCAUUGGUCAGGGACUACUUUUGGGUGACUAUUUCACAAAAGCUGGGUGACUCUCAUAAUAUAUGAUUAGCUGGCCAUGUUCAACUGAGAGGUAAACCCCAGUAUGGAACAUGUUGAUAUGCCAAAUGGAGUAAUCUUGUGUAAAGAAUGAGAUGAAAAAACUGGCGUAACAAAAUUAUCAGUCAGUAUUUUGUCUUGGAAUUUGAUUGUUUGUUACUUUGAUUUUUCACGCAUCAGGUUAUUGAGGUUUUUCUGUGUAAGGGGAUUCACACUUAGGUAAACUGGGGUCGAUAACAAUAACUGAAAAUAAUCAAUUAAUGAUGAUGAGAAGUAAUCCAAGGUACCUUGGCAUAAAACUAUUUUUCAUGGUAAAUGUGUCAAUUGCAACUACCAUGUCCAGAGGAUUAUUACUUUAUUGAGCUCUGUCACCAUAGUAAUUGCCAUUGAUACCAAAGUUACUAUCAAUGACAACUUGUGUUACUUGGCCAUAUAGUUAUUUUCUGUUCUCAUCAGCCCUUAAAGGGGUGUGCAAUUCAUGGAAUUGAAUUUACAGGUUGUACUCUGAACUACAGUUUAACAUAUUCAAAGUCUUGGCUACAACUAUGGGAACAAAUGACUGCCAAACAUUUGUUUACUCUAUAUGCUUGUGAGUAUGGUAACUAAGAUCUUUCAUAUGCUUUAAUAAUGGGGAGGAAACUAUUAAUCAUUUAAAAGUGGUUAGCCAUGCUUUCGGUGCCACAUGUGAUGAUAUAAUGAACAUCUAUUUAUUUGAUAUUUGCAUUGCAUGUAGCCACCCAUAUAGUUAAACUACCAAUUAGGCUAUGGUUUAAGUUAAACAAGAGUUAAAUCAGACUGCACACUGUGAGAUGCAGGAUAAACAGAACAAACAUUUGAAAAUAAAUCUUGUAAGUUUUAGCUAAACACAAAAUGAUGAUAAUCUGACCAUUGGCCUUGCAUCAGGUUUAAUGUGGUUGCUUGGGCCUUUUGUAUAACACCUUUUACCAUAAAGACCUUCUUACGAAUUGAAAAAUUAUGGUUAGUACAAUGCUGCUAUUGACUUUAUCACAGGAAAAACAAACCUGUGAGGUGUUUCAUAAAGCUGUUUGUAAGUUAAGAGUGAUUUUAAGAAAGACUGAACCUUUUUUUACAAGCUAGAUAAUCACCAAUGAACAUUUAAUGGUAAAUAUGAUCUACCACAAUGAUCACCAGUCAUUCUUAAAGUUGCUCUUAACUUACAAACAGCUUUAUGAAACACCCACCCGGUACAAAACAAUUAAGUUUUCUGUGCAGUGCACAUCUCUCAGAAAUCUUAUAGGGUGUUGCAAGAAACUUGAUUGCGAUCAAUUGCAAAUAUCAUUUUGUCAUUGGUAGGUCUAAGUUAAGUAAGUAAAUCAAAUUGUGCUCACUUCUGCAAGAAUAAUCACUCUCAAGUUUGCAAUGAAUCACAAUACAUAAGAUUAUUUUAGCAAACAUAUGACUUUAUUUGCAAUCAAUCCCAGGUUUCUUGUAGUACCUUCUUUCUUGGUGAAUCCCCUACAUGUAGUUUACUUAUAGUCAAAUUGUUUUGUUUUCUUACUGUUUUGUUUUCUUAGUGUUUUACUGAGAAAGCUUUCUGAACAUAUCAAAAAUGAGACACAUUCUUGUGGAAUUAUUGUAUUAAAAAAAAAUCUCCCAGUCUAAUUGAAUACCUCAUGUAAAGACAUACCCAUUAAUUUGAGCUGAUCUAAUGCUUUAGAAUGAAUUUUUCCUAUUAAGUUAUAAAAGCAACUAAUGUCUGUAAUUUGUAAUUUAAAAGGGUAUCAUUAUGUGCCAGUUACUGCUUAUUCCUUUUGAAUUUUUAUUUAAUGCAACUUCGGGCAACAUGUAACCAUACUACUUGCCCAAGAUUGUGAAAAAUGUAAAUAUGUGAAUUAUUUCCUUUUUAAAAAAUGAUGAAAUGUCCAAUUGGUUUCUUCCUUGAUCUUUUCAGUGGAUUAAAGAUGUUGCCUUUGUAAAUUACCUGUAAAUUACUAGAAGGAAGCCCACUCGGAAUUUUAUUAAAAACCCUAUGGUACUAAUUUCUUCCCA